CCCGACCAGGACAUGGUGCUGUCAGAGCUGGCCGUGCGCCUCAACUGCCCUGAAUACAAAAACUGGGUGAAGGCGGGCCACUGCCUGCUGCUGCUGCGCGGCUGCCUGCAAGGCUUCGUCGGCCGCGAGGUGCUCGCCUUCCACCGCGACUUGCUCGCCGCCGCCCCCGGCCUGGGCCCCCGUGCCUUCUGCCGUGGCGGCUGGCGGUGCAGCCCGCGCGCCCGCCAGUUUCAGCCUCAGUGUCAGGUGUGUGCAGAGUGGAAAAGGGAGAUUUUGAGCCAUCACACCAACAGAAAUGGGGACGUCCACUGGGGAAACUGUCGGCCGGGGCUCUGGCCUGUCGACGCCUGGGAGGUGGCCAAGGCCUUUAUGCCCCGAGGACUGGCAGACAAAAGAGGACCCGAAGAAUGUGAUGCCGUCGCUCUUUUAAGUCUCAUCAACUGUUGCGAUCACUUCAUGAUUGAUCGAAAGAAAGUCACAGAGGUGAUUAAGUGUCGUAAUGAGAUCAUGCACUCUUCAGAGAUGAAAGUAUCUUCUAUGUGGCUUCGAGAUUUUCAGAUGAAGAUCCAAAAUUUUCUGAAUGAAUUCAGGAAUAUCCCAGAGAUUGUGGCGGUAUACUCCAGAAUAGAACAGCUGUUGACAUCUGACUGGGCUGUUCACAUCCCCGAGGAAGAUCAGCGAGAUGGGUGUGAAUGUGAAACAGGAAUUUACCUGAGUGAGAGCCAAGUAAAUGAAAUAGAAAUGGAAUUACUAAAGGAAAAACUUCAAGAGAUUUAUCUUCAAGCAGAAGAGCAAGAGGUGUUGCCUGAAGAGACCUCAACAAGACUGGAAAUGGUGAAGGAAUUUCUGAGACACAAUGAGGAUCUUAGAAAAGGUCUUACAGAAGAGAUGCAGAAGCUAGACAGCCUCUACCUCCAGCAUCAGAAACAGGACUCAAAGGAGCCUGGCGGGGAGAUGCCUGAAGAGAGGGCCUAAGGUUGUCCUUUGAUAAAAAUCAGGCAUGUUCUGUGACAGCCAGCACAGCUUCCAUCUCAGCCAUCCUUUCCUGGGCCAGAGGAAAAACAUUCAAGAGUACUCUACACAGUCUUUCUCUGGACUUGCCUUUGGUGCUUCGGGGGUAUUUUUUUUUUUUUAAUACUCAUAAGCUUGGAGUUGUAUAAUCUGUACUGAUAAAAAAAAAUCGGGUACUCUCGGGCCAAAACUUGCUACUAUCCAGGGAUUUUUUUUUUCUAUUUAACAGGUGAGAUUUUUUUUUUCUUUUUUAUUGUGGUAAAUUUACAUGAGAAGUCCUGAUGGCACGCUGGUUAAGCACUUGGCUGCUAACUCAAAGGUCGGUGGUUCAAACCCACCAGCCACUCCACAGGAGAAAGAUGUGGCGGUCUGUUCCUGUAAAGAUUAUAGCCUUGGAAACCCUGUGGGGCAGUUCUGCUCUGUCCUGUACGGUCACUAUGAGUCGGAAUCAACUAGAUGGCAGUGGGUUUGGUAAAUUUAUAUGUAACAAACCAUUUGCCAUUUCUUAAGUGUACCAUUCAGUGACGUAAAAGGUGAAUUUUUUUCUGGUCCUAAACUAGCUACUUACCAUGGUAAAGGCUGUGUCUGGCCGGUCCCCUGACGAGGCACAGCAGCCUCUCCCCCCACCCCCAUUCUGCUACCUCCAUGUGCAUAGUUCUGUAGAAGAGAUUCCCAUGGGGUACGCAUGGGAAGAGACUCACAGCAGUGGGCUUAACCAGCCAUCAGGAGGGGACUGGUUAAAUAGAUACAGCACAUUGGCACCACUGAACGGUAUGCAGCUGUUAAAAAGAAUGAGGCAAUGCAGUAAAAGGGAAUGAUCUCUAAGGUACCAAACCAAAAAAACCAAACCUGUUGCCAUCAAGUCGCUUCCAACUCAUAGCGACCCUAUAGGACAGAUUAGAACUGCCCCAUAGAGUUUCCAAGGAGCACCUGGUGGAUUUGAACUGCCAACCUUCUGGUUAGCAGCUGUAGCACUUAACCACUAUGACACCAGGGUUUUCCUCUAAAGUACAGGAAGUAGAAAAAAUGCUGAACAAUGUGUAGCAUGCUGUAAUGCCAUUUGUGUUUUUAAAUAACAGAAGUCUGGAAAGUUGCAUGCUUUUCCCAAUUUUUUUUUGCUCUGCUACGUCUGGGAAAGCAAGUAGACUGGGGGCGGGGGGCAGGUGGUGGCUAGAAGGAACUUGCUUUUCUAGUUCGUAUAUGCCCAUAUGAAAUUUUUCUAACAAACAUGCACUUGUGUAUUUUGAAAUUUUUUAAUUAAAAUUUUUGAUUUCAAAAUAAUAAAAGACAUGAACAAUAAAAUUCAAACUUGCAAGACUUGCGUGUCACAUUUCCUAGACUGUGUUGUAGCCUCCACUCUUGUGGGGGUCAACUCCAGCUCCUGGGGCACUUGUGAAUCACAGGGCCAUGAGAAGGAGCCCAGUUAAGUGGGUUCCUUUCCACAUAGGCUGUCUUUGUGAAAGACUCAGGAGAAAAAUUGUUUUAGCAUUACAGUUACAAAGCUAAGGCAGUUCUUUGUAUUUUAGCCUGUUCUUUACCAGGAAAACAUUACAUAUUAAACUCAGUAUCAAACACCUGAAUUCUGGGAAAUAACUAGAAUGUGUCAGUGACAAAAACAUCUGGGAAAAUAACUGCCAGUUGGGAAAAUGUUGUCGGCUUCAUAAAGUUAGUGACUGAGAUCUGUAAAUAGUUAAGUUAAAUCGUCAAGGUCAAAAGGAGUUGGUUACGUUUGAGUUUGGGAGAUAAUGAAAUGAUUGUUACCCUAACGAUUUGAAAGAUCUGUUGUUAUUAAAGUGUCAACCACUUACAUGGCUUUAAACACUAAUAUCCCAGGCAGCAAAGGCUUAGAUCUUAGUGGAAUGGACACUGCAUUAGGGUGGAAGUGUUGCACCCCUUUGGAUAUUUUCCCUAAUCAUUUUGUGCUCUAAAUUUUAAGUGUAAAGUGGUAGGAAGUUAUCAGCAGAGAUUAUCCUUCUUUCGUUACCAGAUUAAUUAAAAACCUACCUGUUAGACAGUGGCCUUUUAUUGAAAUGUAAUACUUGAAUUAAAGAAUACAUCUUGUAAGACAGACCUAAGAAUAUAUUAACUUGUACACAUGUAAUACUCAGUGAAGUCAAAGAAUGUUCUUUAAUGUUUCAAUAAAAAAUCAUGAUAUAAAGUGAUGAUUCAUUUCAGAACUUUAAAAACAGUUUUUAUUACUGCAUUAUCACUUGCAUUAUCUAAACUAUUAAGUGACCUUAAUGCUU